AUGAAUGUCGAGUACGCAAAUGCUGAAGGACUUGGCUAUGGAAGUCUCAAGUUCAGACUCACUGUGUUCCUGAGCUAUGAAGGCAAUGAGAAGAUUCAGAAGAAAACCCUGAUAGUGAAAACAGUUCUUGAGUCUGGUCAGCUGAAGGAUCUGACAGAAAAAUGCGGUGUUUUCAAGGUCGAAGCAGAAAUGUUGUUCGAUGUCAUGCCAAAGAUCCAUGAGCAGUUGGCGGUGCUGGAGGGUGAAGAGUUCCGGCCACUGGGAGCCAGUUGCUACCAAUGGGGCCGGGAGCCCGCGACUUACAUCGUGCUGGAGGACCUCUCACCUACUGGCUUCAGGCUGGCUCAGGCUGGCCAACCGCUAGACUUGAAACCCUGUGCAGUGACGCUGCGAGCAUACGCUCGGCUGCACGCCGCUUCAGCCUACCUGCUCACUAAACAGCCCCGCUACAAGGAGAAGUUCUGUGUACACAUGUUCACAGAGGAAAACUUUCUGCAGCAUUUGGCACCUGGAGCCAAAAUGUCAUUGAAAGCACUAGCAAACGAGUUAGACAAAUGUUCUGGCUACGAGCAAUAUUCAGAAAGAUACAGGGCAUUGGCUGAAUGCUUUCUCGACGUUGCAUGCGAAAGAAUGGAGCAGAUCAAGACGCAAACAAAUCUUUCAGUUUUGACUCACGGUGACUGCUGGAAGAACAACAUGAUGUUUAAAUAUGUGAAUGGAGAAGUUUCAGAAGUCUGCCUGGUUGAUUUUCAGGCAAUCCAGUCACAAGAUAAAAGGCUGAAGGAUCAUUUACAUAAAUCCAGUGAAAACGGCUAA